AUGCGCGCCACGUUUAAUUUCCGUUUUCCCAACCGACAAAAGCAGAAGGAGCCAUGCGAUGUGGUGGUGCGUGUUCUUGUGCCGGCCCCAGCGCAGCGACCCAAAGCGGUGUUGAACUUCUUUUUCAUGUGCACCGGUCAGCUGCCGUCGGGUGAGGUGCUGGACAGGUGCGGCGUGGCUUCGGAUGAAUUCUCAGCACUCUCAACGGGCGGGGAGCCGCUGAUAUCGGGACUGAAGCCCUUCGCGGAGAGCGCUGUUGUGCGCAUCGAGAAGGAUGUCAUGAUGGAGAUUGGCAGUAGCACGACGAAAACCAUUUUUGGCGGCUUUAUUGCGGACGAGCCACCACGGGAGACCACGCCACACCCUGCUACUAUCUCUUCGUCUCCAACGGUCACCUCCGCCCAUCCGGCGAUGGCUGCCAGAAUGCGGCAGCUUCGCGCAGGGGCGUUGCUCAUCGGCAACGUAGGGAUGCCAAACACAAACGGCAGCCGCUAUUACAUUCUUCUGCAGGAUGUUGUCACCGAGGCACAGCGCGAGGAAUUGGGCGUGUACCAGCCACUUGGCAUUGUCACCGCAGGGUUAGAGUCCCUGUGCGAGGCCUGUGCAUCCGCCGCAGUCCAGCCACGCACGCUUGCGCCUCUUCAGGCUGUGAAGAUGUGGGUGUCCGAAGUGUGCUUUCAACCUCAAGUAGCCGCUCCAACGCCGCAGAUGGAUCGACAGCCCGAAGAGGCAACGGUGGCAGCGCGAGAACGGAGGGACGGAACGGAAAGAGUCGCAGUGACACGCAUGGCGGGUCGUGCGCGUCGGCGUGAUGAGAUGGAAAUGGAGGAACAGGAUGAAGCGAGUGCGAGAGAUGCAGAAACCGGCGGAAACUCCACCACUGCGGCACAUGGGGGAUUUUUUAACCCCGCACUCAGCUUCCCGGCGCCGGCGGGUGACCAGAGCAGAGACCGCAACGGACCGCAGGCGAAGCGCAUGCGCACGGAACGCUACAUGACGGCCGUCGAUGGAACGACGGCGUUGCGCACAACAGCGGUGGAGCAGGCAGAUGGUGCACCGUUUGACUACUUUGCGGCGCAAGAGUCUGCAUUUCUCAACGACGUCGAAACCAUCGCUGCGACACAGGUGGCACGUCAACAACGGCGUGGCAAACAACAUGAACAGAAAACACGAAAGAAGAGGAGGCCUGUGGGAGAAGUUGGGCUGGGUCGAACAGUGAAUGCUGGUAGAAACACGAAGGGACUACAAAAUGCGUCAUCGGUGAAGAAGAAAAAAAGUCUGCCGCGUCGCUACUAA